AGUUUAGUCUGGAAUGGCGUGGCGCUUCAAUAUUCUCUGAUGUGUUCGCUGAUGAACACUUUCACGAAUGUACAGAAACAAUACGAUAACUAAGUAGGAGACUCAUCAGAACCGCGUAAUGAAACGUUUAUACCACGACAGUUCCAGUUUGUACGAAAUACUAGAUCAGACUUUUCAUAACAGCGCGUGUGAGUGAAUUGUGAGCACCGACACCUAUGGGAACCGGUUAAACUGAUACACGUUUAUCAUGAUGGAACUACAUGCAUACAUACUAUGUAACCCAUGCAAAAAAGUACAGUGAUCGUUGCAGUACGCGACAGAGCUGUCAUAGGCGCAGUAGCCGCCGAGUAACUCGCGGACUAGUUAGUGUUCUUCGCAACCAGGAAGACGAAACAUGGACUCCACGACUUUAAAACUGCUUGCUGGGGCAUUGGCCUUAUUGCUGCUAUACGUAAUAAGUGUAUAUACCUACUGGAAAAGGCGCGGGGUCCCGACAGCCGAUGGAUUCAUACCUUUAUUCGGUCACUUCUUGCCGAUAUAUAGUUUGCGAAUAAACAUGGGAACACAUUUCCAAAAGAUGUACAACGACUGCAAAAAACACAGUAUGUUCGGAAUAUACGACAUUCUCAAUCCGAUAUUGGUCGUCCGAGAGCCGCGAUUAGUGAAGACCAUCCUGCAAACUAACUUCUCGAGCUUCCAUGAGAAUGCCUGGAAAUUGGCGCCAGGUGUGGAUCCUCUGUUACAGAAGAAUCCAUUCUUUGCUGAAGCUGAGCAAUGGAUGGCCGCUCGAAAACGAUUGACCUACGCGUUCACCAGUAUGAGGCUGAAAAUUCUCUUCCAAGCCGUCGCCGGGGUGGGUAAAAAAUUUCAAGAUUUUCUGAACAGACAACUGCAGACGAAAGACAAGUACGAAGUCGAGUUGCAAGAAUUCUUCGGGAGAUUUACGGCCGAGGCAGUAGCCAACGCUGGCCUAGGCAUCGAGGGAUACAGCUUCGACGACAAUCCGCCGCCCAAUUCUUUCCAGUCGCUCGGCAGAAAUACCUUCGAUCUGAGCUACGUAUACGCGUUUCUAAGUAACCUCGUCGUCUUCAAGCCAGGUAUAAACCGUUUAUUGCGGUUCCGGUUCGUGCCGAAACACGUGGACAACUUCUUCCGGCGUGUCGUCGAGGAUUGUCUGCAGAUGAGACGAAACGCAGAGACAACAAGAAACGACUUUUUCCAAACUAUGUUCGACCUCGCGAAGACGAGCGGUGAAGAAAUAAACAUGGAGGACAUCACGGCUCAUUCGCUCUCCUUUUUCGUUGACGGAUUCGAAACGAGCAGGAUAACACUCUCUUACGUUGGAUAUCAGUUGGCGAGACAUCCGGACAUUCAGCAGAAGGUGAGGGACGAAGUGAGGUCCGCGAUCGCUAAACAUGGCGGAGUGUUGACGUUCGAGGCCGCGAAGGAAUUAACGUAUAUGGAACAAGUGAUCAGUGAGUCGCAACGCAUGCAUUCUGCAGUGGGCAUCCUCCUAAAACAGUGCACGGAAAAGUUCGAGCUAGUCGGUUCCGAUGGAUUGCGUGUCUGCUUACAACCGGGGUCCGUCAUACUUAUAUCUAUCGACGGGCUGCACAAGGACCCGGAACACUGGCAAGACCCAGAGAACUUCGAUCCGGAUCGUUUUAGCGAAGACGGGAAGCGAAGCAUAGAGAAGAUGACUUUCAUACCGUUCGGAGACGGUCCAAGGUUGUGCGUCGGUAUGAGAAUGGCGAUGGUAAUGAUAAAAUACUGCUUGGCCACCUUUUUAGACAACUAUAAAAUUGAACUCUCACCGAAAACGGAACUUCCUUUGGAAAUGUCGGUCUUAUUUUUCUUAAACAAGCCUGCCGGCGGCAUCUGGGCACAGAUUUCGAAAUUGUGAGAUUAUUUUUUGAUUUUAUCAGCAGUAGAAUUUGUUUCUACUCCUUU